GUUUUCUCAAGCAGGGACUAAGACUGCAAAUUAGCUGAAGGAGAAGGCAGAGGUCAUGUUGAAGUUUCCAAAGAAACGCCAGCAGUGGGUCACAACAAGUUGGGUCCAGAGUCCAGUCCACAUGGUGUAUUGAAGGCGUGUGGAACGUUCCAGAUGGGAAGAGCGUCGUUCGGCAUGUCUCCGCUCCAGCUGUCCGUCUUGUGGCGUCUGUCGCUCGCCUUCUUCUUCAAUCCAUCCCUGUUCUUCCUCGACAUUUUCACAGCCGCGGUGGUCGAAGCGAACUGUCACAAUGGCAACGGAACACAACACGAAAGGACGCUUGCACGAAACCAAUCAGAGAGUGAGGAACUUUCAGGACACGAAUCUGAUUGGAUGACUCGAAGCGGCGACCUAGACUCAGUGUGUGGCUGGACUCCAUGCUUGUCAUAUGGCCAGACGAUCUUCAUGGUGGGUCUGCUGCUUGGAUCGCUUGUGGGCGGAGUUCUGGCUGACAGGUAUGGCAAGCGUCCGCUGCUGCUGGUGUGCUUGUCGGUGCAGGCGGCAUGCGGCCUGGUGCCUGCUGUCCUCCCGCAGCCGUUCGUCUUCCUCGCCGUUCGCUGCCUGACAGGCGUUUGCUGCUCCUGUAUCAACAGCUGCUCCUUCAGUCUAGCUGUGGAGUGGACCGCCCCCUCCUCCCGCCUCUGGCCGCCCCUCUUUUUGGGCUUCUGCUUCAGUCUUGGGACAAUGGGCGGCGCUUUGCUGGCCUGGCUUAGUCCCACCUGGACGCAGCUUCACCUGUCUCUGGCUCUGCCUCAGUUCAUCUGCCUGCCGCUCUACCGUUCCAUUCCAGAGUCUCCGAGCUGGUUGGUGUUAAUGGAGAGAAUGGAUGUUCUGUACCACUACUGUAGCAGAAGUGAGGCAGACAAGCAGUGUGUGGACUUGCUUCUGAGCUCAAACAGGCUGGAGAAGCAGAAAGUUGCCGCGGCACCGAAAGAGCAACCACCAAAUGACUUUCCCCUUAGACAUCCAAUUAUCCUACUGCGGCUGUCAAUCAUGAGCUAUCUGGGUGCUGUAACUGCGCUGACAUACUUCGGCAUCUGUAUGAACAUUGGCUCGUUCGGCGUCAACGUUUACUCCGCGCAGUUCUUCUCCGGCCUAUCAGAGGCUCCCUGUUUGCUUGUCCCUCUGGUCCGGCUGGAUCGGCGUCCGAUGAGCAUGCUGACCUUGUUCCUGAGCGGCACUGCCUGCUUCCUGUCUUUGCUUCUGUCCAGAUACCAAUGUGACGCAAUGCUGGUGAUGAGUUUGGCACUCGUGGGCAAAUUGUGCAUCCUGGUCACCAUCUUCAUCUUGGCUGUCUACAGCAUCGAGCUGUUCCCCACAGUGGUCAGGCAGCGUUGUAUGUCAGCGGUCAACUUGUGUUUCCGGCUCGGCUGUCUGCUCAGCACUCUGUUCCCGGCCAACACAGAGGGAGCCAUCUCACUGGCCGCCAUGCUUAUAUACAGCAGCGGGCCAAUUAUAGGCUGCGUAUUGUGUCGACUGCUCCCGGAGACGAGCGGCACCCUGCUUCCCGACUCUAUGGAAGACUGUUACAAGCCGCCUCAACACCCCCUCGAAAGGACAAGGUGAGCAAAUGCAGCUGGGCCAAUUAUAAGCGCGUUUGCACAGCUGCCUGUCGGAAGGUCACAGUAGAGCCAGCCCGAGGCACAAGCCAACUAAACACCUGACCACGAGGAGACACCCAAGGGCAAUUAAUAUUCAACAGAGCAAGAACAAGAACAGUGACAUACAAAUGUUAAUUCUUCGGAAUAAAGUAGUUUUUCAGAUUUUGGGGGUUUUAAUUAUUCAAUGUUUUUACUAUAUCUCCUCAACAGUAAUACUUUAAUUGAUAAGAACAAUACUCGAAUAAAUGUGCCUUUUGGGCUAAAGCGCAAGUGGACGUGUGUUUACUCCUCGACUCAAGUCAGAGUUUCAACACCGCUGCGUUACAAUCUGAAAUGUAUACAAUUCGUUGCAGGCAGGAUGGCCGGAUAGUCGCAUAUAAGCUCCCCUGCGCCGGUGUAGCUAAUGAGGUGGCCAAAGGGAAUGAAGGAAUUUUAUUGUCGUAGUGAAACUCGUGUCAUAGAGAUGCACUACAGACUACACACACUCAGUCAAAUAUUUCAUGACUAUUUUUAAUAUAGGUACAGCUCAAUAAUUUAGAAUAUAGUUGAAAAGUAAAAUUUUCUUCAGUACUCAUAGUUAUUAAACAUUGAAGUACUUUUCAGAGGGCAAAUUCCAACCUAGUUUCUACAUCAUUUCUUGAAUUAAUUAUUUCAU